UAUUCACUCUCUCUCUCUUUUUAGGAACCUCACGGGCGAACCCCCCUUUGAGCUUCUUCUCCUCCACAAAAACCCUCGUCUACUCUACUCUAGGGUUUCCCUAUCUUUUUAGGGUUUUUCUUCUUCCUCUAGGGUUUUACUAUUUCCAUUUUUUUUUUCUUCUUCUUCUAGGGGUUUUUUUGUUACUUCUUUCUCAUUCUUUAUUAGCCUUAUUCUUUUUAGGGUUUCUAUUUUGUAUCUCUGGAAAAAAAAUUAUAUCUGUGGCCGUGCUUGGAUCUGGAUCUGUGAGAUAACAUCACCAAUGGAUACUCGCAAAAGAGGAAGGCCUGAAGCUGCUUUCAACGCUAAUGGCGGCUUCAAGAAGUCCAAGCAAGAAAUGGACUCCUUAUCUGGUGUAGGAAGCAAAUCGAAGCCAUGCACCAAGUUUUUCAGCACUGCUGGAUGUCCCUUUGGUGAGAGCUGUCACUUCCUGCACUAUGUUCCUGGUGGCUAUAAUGCUGUAGCACAGAUGAUGAAUCUAGCCCCUGCCGUUCCUGCAGCUACUAGAAACAUGUCAGGUCCUCCCCCAGCCAUCCCAAAUGGCUCUACACCUGCAGUUAAAACUCGCUUGUGCAACAAAUAUAAUACUGCCGAAGGCUGCAAAUUUGGUGACAAAUGCCAUUUUGCUCAUAAUGAGUGGGAACUAGGUAAGCCUAUCGCUCCAUCCCACGAAGAUCCACGUGCCAUGGGACCACCCAUGCCAGGCCGUAUGGGUGCUCGAGUGGAGCCACACCCAGCAGUCCCAGCCUCUAGCUUUGGUGCUUCAGCCACUGCCAAAAUCAGUGUUGAUGCAUCUCUUGCUGGAGCCAUCAUUGGUAAGGGUGGGGUGAACUCCAAGCAGAUUUGUCGCCAGACAGGAGCCAAGCUUUCAAUUCGAGAUCAUGAGUCUGAUCCGAAUCUCAGGAACAUUGAACUUGAGGGGACUUUUGAACAGAUUAAGGAAGCAAGUGCCAUGGUAAGACAGCUAAUCGAGACUGUUUCAUUGUCUGGUCCCCCAAAAUCCCAUGGAAUGAUGCCUGGGGCUGCGGCUCCGCCAGGAAGCAACUAUAAGACUAAGCUGUGCGAAAAUUUUACCAAAGGAUCUUGCACCUUUGGAGAAAGAUGUCACUUUGCUCAUGGUGCUGCUGAAUUGCGUAAGUCAGGAGUGUGAAGGCUCAUUCUGGUUUUCCCCUCUUUAGUGUUACGCAAUCUUGUAUUAGUGGGAGGUAUGUCUGGAUUGGCUAUGUAGCGCAACGUAGUAGAUCGAAGAGAUAAUAUCUGAGUUUUUGGGAAUCUGGUUUAUUUAAAAACGAUCAUAGCUUUAUUAACCGUAAUUUACAUUCUGAUAACUUUUGUGUUUGCCAUUUUGCUAAUAUUUAACGUGGUAUUGGUAUUUGUGGUUA